AUGACGGCUAUUUGUAAUUGGCAGUACGUUGGGUGGCUUGAUUUGUACGGAACCCUCCUUGGAGCCUCGCCGCAAGAGGCACGAUAUUUCUUAAUGAACCGAUGGUCCUUCCACCAAGCAACGCUGUGGUUAUUGCGUCUUAAGUAUGAGCCCUUGGGCAUCUUGUACAAUUCGCCCAAAAAAACAGAUCUCCUCAAUGUUACCCUCAUUGAACGUCCCUCUGUUCUGUAUUUUACGCGAUCCACUCAACAGACAGACCACCUCGACGUUACCCUCGUUGAACAUACCCCCGAUCUGGUUUUCAAACAUCUCCACUCCGAUAUAUUCUCGCCAUCGCCUGUUGUAUAUAGACAUGACGCAACAAAGCCAGAAAUGCCUUCUGGUGUCGACCAACAGCCAUCUCCUGGUCCAAGCUACAUGGGCUCAUCCCCUGCAUCCUUCGACUAUGUUGAGGAACAGUUUGGCGGAGGUCGUCGAUAUGAAGCACCGCCUGCCGAGUUGACUCCCUCACGGCUGAGGACCAGACUCAAGGCCACAGUGCGGGAUGUCGGUAUUGUCAAGGACACCUCUGCCCGACGCCAGGCCUAUCAAAAUACCUCUAACGAUGUUCAGCUUUCCGUUGGUCCAUUCCACCACGUGGUGCAGGACGGUGCUUCAACUUCAACAAGCGAUAUGUCAUCGCUUACGCUGAACGUGGCUUACAGUCGGCACAACUCACCCUUUCCUCCACUACAAGGUCCUGCACAACUGCAGGAUUUGUUUUACGGCCCUAUGGACCAGCAGUCUCCUUGGAUGCAGCAAAACCCAUCUGGUGAUUUCAGAAUGAUGCAGCCUGAUACUUUCAUGGCUGGAUUACUCAGAGAUCAAGCUCUAGGCAUGGCUGGAGCGGGCGACAAGUCGCUGUGGCCUGCACCGUCUGUGACCAACGUGCAAGACUGUAAAACUACCAAUGUGCAGAACACAACCCACCUUGCACCUCUGCCUUCACACACGCCUUUUCAUUUUCCCGCCAGUUCAUCUGGUCAGCCUCUCAUGUCUUGCGGAUGUUCGCUGGAUCCAGCAGGCCAACCGUCUUCGGGAUUGAUGCAGAACUCACCAUUCACCCUGCAUCCUGCACCAUAUGUACCGCCUCAAGAUCAUGCCCAUCCUAUUCCAGCCACAAACAUCAUCCCGCCAACACCACUCAAGGAUGGUGGCGGUAAGACUCCUGGUGCCUCUGCGUCCACUGAUAAUGCACUCCUUGCCUCGACAAGAGAUCCUAGUCCAAAGUUGGACCUAGGUCACUAUUCUCUGGCUACCACCUACCGCGUUCGGUUCCCUGAAGAGAGUGAGCCGAGAAUGCACCAGGAGGAUCAAGCGGUAACUGGCCGCAGGUCAGCAGAUAUGAACGCAGCACUCGACACUGGGUUUGUGGGCAUUGAGCGUCACUUUCUUGAGCUCGCAGCGUCCACCGCCCUCCCCAUGACUCAACUAAUCAAUUUAUACCUGAAGUCUCGAGGACGCAGUGUGAACAGCACUAAUUACUGGAAUCUGUACGCCAAUUACUUCAAGGACCACUUGCAGGAGGAGCUCGGCCACUGUGAAAAAGAGAAAUCAGAAGGCAGUGGGACACCUAGUGCAACAUUGCGAAGAAAAUGCUACGAGAAAUUCAAGGACACCUUUCCCGACACCUAUCAAGACAUCCUAUCGAAGCAUGAGGAAGUAGCUCUCCUGAGCUCGUCUCCCCAAACUAUUGCCCAGCGCGGACAAGCAUUCCAAAAACACUAUCGGAGUGUGACGAGCAUCCUCGAGUCCAGCUCCGCUAGAUUUGGAUUUGAAGCAGCCGUUGUAUUAUGUGGUAAAGUGGUUAAUGAAGACGGUUCGCUUGGUCAUUCUUACAACACACUGGUGCUGGUGGGGCCCAUGUGUAUAACACCACAUCGCUAUCUGCAGUUGAUGAUGCCUUUCCAGAAACCGGGGACGAUAGCCAUCAAAAAACAGACACCGACCGUUACCCACGACAUAGACCAGGCUUCUGAUGUUGUGGAGGGAGGAUGGGAGGAUAACUUGAAAUUCGUGAAGCAGGAAAUCACCAGGCAAGCUGCCAAAUUUGGCUGCAAAAUACACGGCGGAAAGAUUUUCCCUUGGAAGCUCAUGCCAGCCGCACUCUUGGAAGCCAAUCUCAGCAUCCAAGGAUAUCCUGCACACAAGUGCCUAUUUCCUGGUGAAGCUCACAGUAAACAUGCAUUAAACAAAGGCAUUGGGGCGCUGAUGUAUAAGGAGAUCGCUGCGCUUGUCGAUUCGUUGAAGGCAGGCACUAUGCGCAUCAUCAAAUUUCCCGACAAUGAUCGAGCGGCUGCAAUAGCUUCAGAGAAGCCCAUAAUCAAGGGCGAGGCACCUCCUUCUGAAUGGCCCCAUCAUGGCGCACGACGGUUGUUCCUUGACGGCCAUACUGAUCACAAUGGUCUUCGUCGCCUCAAGCCCAGCACAGCAACUACGAAGGUCAAGAAGGGUGUUAAAGCACCCAAGCACCCUAUACCACCCUCCGAAGAUGAACCCUCUGAUGAUGAAUCAUUGGAGGGUGUAAGUGUCAAUGAUGCAGUUGGAACUUCUGCGCUCAAGCCCCUACCUCAAGUGAACGUGCGAAAGCCUAACUACAAAAUGCGAGUCGAAGUUGUACCUCCACCCUCACGCCCUUUCAAGGUUGUUCGACUUCCUUUACCACUGCUGCGUCCUUCCAAAGCCGUUCCCAUGCCAUCUGGAACUCCGAGUGAGGUUAUCGAAGUUACGUCUACCGAAGAGAAUCCUGUGGGAGAGCCCGACUCUGAGUAUGAAGAAGCAGGACGUGGAAAGAAGAGGAAGCUCAAGUCCAUGAAUACAUCGCGUGCGUCAAAGAAGAUUGCCCCGUCGAUUGAAAAGACUAACACUUCAAAAGUGGGGAAGAAAGUUGGGCGAGGUAAGAAUAAUGUGCAAUCCAAGGCACCUCCGCCUCCCUUGCCAACCUCAACUACUUUCCCUGCAAAAGGCGGUCCACUAUCCCCAUUAACAGUGGGAUCGUCGACCGAUGGACCUCCAUCACCAGAACAUAUUAAUGCUGGUAAAGCAAUGCGCCUUCGAGACGGACCUUCUGAUGAGUCUAAAAAGGAACAUGUUAAACCACACCCAGUCACCAAGGGCUCUCGGGUGGUGAUGAAUUGUGGCCUGCGUAUGGUGUACGGGAACUCGGACUCUGAGUCUGAUGUCGACAACAGCGUGAAGGCUAAUUCUGCAACCACAAUGGGCGUCAUCCCCGAAGCCACUGGUUCAGCUAACAUCCAGUCUGAUCCUUUGGAGGAGAAGUCUGCACAGACGAAGGAUGAAGUAGUAGGAGACAAGGAAGAACUACCCCCAACCGCCCCAUUGAAUGCAGCGGCCCCCAAUAUUCCCGACCAGCAGCCUCUUCGUGACUCCAACACCCCUCGUCCCCUCACUCCUCACAAGACUCAGGACGAGCGUCCACAUGAUAACCUCCCCCAUGAUGCCCCUCGUGACAGCCCACUGCGCAACACUCUCCAUGACCCUCCACGCGACCUUGUCCGUGACCCUCGAGAUGAUCAUGACCCUCCACGCGCUCCACGCGACCUUGUCCGUGACCCUCGAGAUGAUCAUGACCCUCCACGCGACCUUGUCCGUGACCCUCGAGAUGAUCAUGAGCCUCUCCAUGCUCGAAGUGCUGUUCGCGACCCUACAUGCAACCAUCAUGAGGCCGUACGUGACCCUUGUGAUGGCCUUCGCAAUCCUUGGGAUGUUGAUCCUCGUUAUCCUUACACCCGAGGGUACUCCCAUGAACCUGCGCGUGGCCUCGACCGUGGCACUCUUCACCCCCGUGACGCAUUCUACCAUCGCAAUCCCCGCUAUGGUCCACCUCAAGAUCCUUAUGGAUCUGGCGAUAUUCGUAUGGAAAGUGACUUGAAUACUCGAGACAGCUCACCUGUGUCCGAUUUUCAUGGUAACUAUGGUCCUAGUGAGCGCGAACGUGCCUACCCGACCCGGUACGGUCCUGGGGGUGACUUAGGCUAUACUCAUGAAGGUGGAUACAGGUCCCGGCACAAUGACCUCGAUGAGCGUGGGCAAUCACUAUCUCCCUAUCAUAGUCGUCGAGUUGGUGGAGGGAGUUACCGCGAGGAAGGAUACCCUCAAGGCCCCGGUAGGAGAUUUCAGGAUUCGAGAUGGGAUGAAGGUGCUCAUUUGGACUAUGAUGCUAUACCACGAGCAUUCCGUCGCGAUCUGCCCAAUCCCCCAAGGCCUCCUCCCGCUACUUAA